GUGUGCCAAACCGCAGAUCACAGAACGGAAUACAACGAAUUAACACAUAAUGAAUAAAACACCUGUUAUUAGUGAGAUCACUCUAACUCCGCGCAGAACCCUUGCAACAUGCACCGGUUCCUUCUGUACAUAGACAGUCACUUCCCCAUCCCUCGAGCCAGCGGUAGUUUGUUGGUGCGUUCUCAAGGCAACGAUUGUUAGGCUAAUUAAAGCGAGCGCGCCUGACCCUCAUAAACUGAUGAUGAUGGCUGAAUGAACCGUUCCAAUGCACAAGGAGAAAAACGCCAGUAGAAAGAGAACGACAUGCACCACAUUGCACUGGUAGCGGUGGCGGUAGGAGAUUGUUAUCAUUUUUUACAAAGUGAACUUUGGUCGCAUUGGAAUAACACUGAAUUUGAAAGCUUCUCGUGUGGGACUUCGCCAGGACAAUUGUUCAGAUAGAAGGCAGGUUUUUCGAGAGAGAUAUCAGAAUUUUGAUAAAAGGAGUGACGAGAAAUAGAACUAUGUUUCAGCUACGGACUCGAUCUUGUCAGUGCACGAUGUUCAGGCAUUUGUUGCUCUACUGUGUUCUGAUGCACCUCUCUGGCUGUGUGAUGGGGGAAUUCAACUUCACUAUCGGUAACAGCGAGGAAGCGGCUGUAACAUUUAAGGAAACCGUCGAACUCAACAUGACGGUGACCUACUCGGACUUACUGGGCGCCUUGAGCCUUGAGAGUGUAGACACCAGUGUGGUAACGCUCACCGAGACGGUGGAAUUUAUCAUCGAUGAAAACACGACGUUCCCCUUCAGCACUCUGGUCAGCAUCCACGGGCAGUUCGUCGGCCGGGGAGGGGUCAGGAUCGUCCAAGAUUCAAAGGAGAUUUCCUCCAGGAUUGUCAAUGUCGGGCCCCCGUUUCAGGAGCUAGGAAACAUCGCUACCAUCAUCUUGGUAGUGUGGCUCGUCAUCUCGUACGUGGUCAUGGCAGCCAAGGUGGAACCCCGAGUUCUCUGGGAGAGAAUUAAACCCCCUUGGGGCAUCAUCAUCGGGAUGCUGUGCCAAUUCAUCAUCAUGCCUCCGGUGGCUUUCGCCCUGGCCAAGUGUUUCGACAUGACAGGAGCAGCGGCCGUUGGCCUGGUCCUAGUCGGCACCUGCCCAGGUGGAUUCUUCAGUAACAUCGAGGUCUUGCUCCUAGACGGUGAUCUAGUCCUCAGUCUGGCUAUGACCACCUUCUCUACUUUCAUAGCUGUGGGGAUGAUGCCUUUGAAUCUUUUUAUCUACGCCCAGCCGUUCAUUGACGGGGAUGGCCGCUUGGAGACGCCUUUCAAGGAGCUCCUGAUCCAACUCUGUGGACUCGUCCUGCCCCUCGUCAUCGGAGUCCCAUUCUUCUACAAGUUCCCCAAGGCCAGAAAGUUCUGUCUGAAGCUGGUCAAGCCCUUCACUUUUCUCCUGAUGGUCCUGGGAGUGGUUCUCUACAUCCCAGCUCAGUACUACGUCUUCUUCGGCGACUGGAAAGUCUGGGUCACAUCCUCCAUCUUGACUCUGAUCGGUGCCUUCUUCGGGAUGGCGGUAGCCCGGAUAGCCAACUUCAACUAUAUAACCUCCGUCACAAUCGCCAUCGAGACAGGAUGCCAGAACACCCUUCUCGCAGUCUCGGUAGCAAAACUCUUUUACGUGGCCCCAGAGUCGGACGUUGUGGCCGUCAUACCGCUCCUGAUCGCCAUCGUGUCCGGAAUAGAGGGCUUCAUCGUCGUGUUUUUCUACUACCUCUACCUUUUCCUGACCAAGAAGCCCACAAAAGUCGCUCCGGACGAGGAGGGCCAACCACCGGAAAAGAAGGACGGACCUACCGGGGAAGACGGCGAUUCUUCCCGUGGGGAUGACGAGCUCAACUCAUCCACAAAGUCCAAAAAGAAACUGGUGAACGAUUUUGUGACUGCAGAGGAUGAUUUCAAAUCACAACAAUUUGACGGGCAGGAGAGAACAGAACAUGAGGACUCACCCCCUCCAACUCCUAAAAAACCGCAGGAGGCUAAAAGAAAACGAGGAUAUAUAGUGGACGACAUUUUCAAAGACUAAAAUGCUUAUAUAAUGUUAAUACAUGUAAAAAUUUACAUACAUAAAUCAAGUUUUCUAUUACUGUAUAUCGUUGUACGUUUACAGCGGCAGUUUGCAACUGUGACGCCUGUUUUCCAUAAAUUGACAUGAAAAUAUACCUAAAUUGUAUUCAGAAGUAAAUGUGUUUUCAAACUGUUGUGCCCUCUUCUUUAAACAAAGCCAAAACAACCAAACAAAAACGCUGUUAACAAUAAAAGGCAAUUGACACAGGAAAAAACAGGGUAAUUGGACGCAUUCAGUCGGCAGAUAAUUUAAUUUUCUGUCACUGCGUUAAAAAAAAUGAUUGCAUUACAGUAUUAUGCUAUACAUAAUUGCGUGCUUUUUUUCCUUUAAAAAGGAGACGAGUAGUAAAUGAAGACCUCCAUUAAGUAUCUUACUGUUCCAUUCUUUCUCGCACAUAUAACUAAAAAUGUAACCUUGAAUGGAAUAGAUAAAUGCAAUGUUAAGUGCCAAAAUGGAAAUACUGAAGUGUACUGAUUUCAUACAGCAGCCUUUGUUGAAUGAGGCAAAGGUACAGAUUCUACCACAAUCAUGGUGCACAAUUAGGUAUCAGUAGCCUACAACGUUUUUAUACAUCAAAGCGAAAUCAAUGUUUGUACAAUAGUUUUAAGUGUGCAUAAAAUAUUUUCAGGUAUGAGAAAGAGUAGAACCGAACUUAUUUUAUAUUCGUGAAAUUAAGUGCAAGAAUUUUUAAUGUGCAGUGCAAGGAUCUAUCUUCGUGUGUGACUUUUAUAGCGUAUACAUGUAGUCAAAACAUUAAAAUAUAAUGUUCAAUGAAA